AUGUAAACAUAAUGAUUAGGGGAAUCGUUCUUCUUAGCAAAGCAAUAACUACUAUAUGAAUCUAACUAUCCACAAUAAUCGCAUUAUUGUGUGCAUGUAACAGGUACUCAAUGAGAGAGUUUAUUUUCCUGUGCCAGGUAGCCUACUCUCCCUCACAGACUCCACCCCGUUGUUAUUUCAGCAUAUACUGUAUAGUUCAUUACCGAGGGAGCAGUCGUAAGAAAAGUAUCUCACACAGGAACGAGCAACUCAACACCGAAUACCGACUUUACCGAUGACCAAAUUAAUUAUUUCCAGAUCAGAAAUUGUUUAGACGAGAAACACACAUUGCGCUCUCGGUUGGAAUCCUUGGAACUUUUAAAUUGCCUUCCGAGUUUCGACAAUGAGUUUCGGGGCUCAAGAUCAUGUCUUUCUGUCUGCUUUGCAGCCCAAUACCGCCGUCAGUACUUACGCGGUCCCGUCCGAGAUCCAACUCGAGGGGAAAGGGGGUAACCUGUCGGAUGAGAUGACCCGGGCCAAGCGGGUCCAGCAGCAGGUUGCUAUGCGGCUCGCCGAGAAAACCUCGACGCUUUCACGACAGAACGGCUCAGCCACACACUAUACCUCCUCAGAACACAGCGGUUCUUCAACAAUGAAGUACCAGACCUUCAACCCAGGGUUCAGCUCUAAGUCCUACGUCUACACAGCCUCCAGACCUGUCAUGGCACCCAGGAUGUCUCACUACUCUGGUGGUUUCUCCUCCCGCUCGGCGAUGGACCUGAGUGGUGGUCAGAGGCUCAGCAUGGGGGGUGGAGGAGGAGGAGGAGGAGGGUACCAGUACCACGAUAACAUGAGCCUGAGCGGGGGCUACCAUGGGGGAGGGGGCUACCAGGCUGGCGGAGGGGCCAUGAGGCAACAGAUGUCCACCGUGAACCGGGCGAUGAGCCGUGCUCCCGGCCCAGACCUAGAGACCAUGUCCCUGCGUUCCGUUAGGCUCCAGAACAUGCCCGCUCAGCCGUCCCCAGUGGCAGCCUGGGUAGAUGCGGAUGGCAGCGAUGGGGUCAGCCUCGUCUCGGACCACGAUGCCACAUUCAACCGCCAGCAGUCUGUCUACAGCACCGUCAAUGGAGGAGCCUACAGCUCUGGGACCCAGAUGAGACAGGCAGGAGGAGGAGGGUCCAUGGCCUACCAAGCCCCCAUGAGGAUGGGGGGAGAGGAGAUGAUGUCGGUCCAGCAGCAACAUUCCUUUAAAGGGCCAGCGUUUCGCACCAUCAGCAGGAUCAACAACAGGAACAACAGGAUGUCCAUGGGCUCCAUGUCUGGGGCUUCCACCCUCCCCCCUGGGGGAAGUAGCUACGGCAGUGGAGGGGGAAACUUCGUCAUGUCUGGGGCUUCCACCCUCCCCCCUGGGGGAAGUAGCUACGGCAGUGGAGGAGGAUUCAUGAUGGGCCAGAUGUCGUCUGGGUCUCAGGGGAAUCUGAUGAUGCAGCAACAGAGGCAGACCACUCUGCCCAGGACCAUGUCUAUCAAGAGCAUGCACAGUGUUGGGAAGGGCAUGGACAUCUACGACGGAGCGAUGGACAUGACAGGCAGCAUGGGCAACCUCAGCAGGAUCAAUAACCUGGACAUGGCUACGGCGGUGAGGUACCUGGCAGAGGGGGAUGCUGAGCUGCAGGUUCUGGGAGCAGCGUUUAUCCAACAUGAGUGUUACAGCGACACUGAGGCCAAGAAAGAGGUGCACCGCUAUAAGGGCAUCCCAGAGCUGGUGAGGCUGUUCAACAGUGAGAACCAGGAGGUGGCUCGCUACGCCACGGGCGCCACGAGGAACCUCAUCUACGAGAACAUGGACAACAAGGUGGCCCUUAUCGAGGGGGGAGGGAUCCCACAACUCAUAGAGGCUCUGAAGGUGAAUGACGACGAGCUACGCAAGAACAUCACAGGUAUUCUGUGGAACCUGUCAUCCAAAGACAACCUGAAGGAGAAACUAGCCAAGGAGACGCUAGCUGAGCUCACAGAGAGGAUCCUGAUCCCGCUCUCAGGCAGUGGAGACACUGAGGUCAUCCGGCAGAGCCCCUCCGAGGUUGACAUCUUCUACAACACCACCGGAUGUCUUAGGAACCUGAGCUCAGUGAAUGAGAAGACCAGACGUCAGAUGCGGGAGACCAACGGUCUGGUGGAUGCCCUGGUAGGAUACAUCCAGGCCUCGCUACAGGAAGGCAAGGUGGAGGAAAAGGGAGUGGAGAACGCAGUGUGUGUUAUGAGGAACCUCUCCUAUCAGCUGUACAGUGAGAUCCCGCCCUCGGCCAUGCUACGUCUGGAAGGACCAACCAGAGGCCAGGACACCAGCAGGAGUGAAGCCAUUGGUUGCUUCACGCCUCAGAGCAAGAAAGUAAAAAAUAAGAUGAACCAGGACCUGGUUACAUUCACGGAGGUGGCCCGCGUGCCCAAGGGUCUGGAGUGGCUGUGGCACCCCCAGGUGGUGGGGCUGUAUAACCGCGUGCUGCAGGGCUGUGAGUUCAACUCCACCACCCGCGAGGCUGCAGCCGGGGCCCUGCAGAACAUCACAGCUGGAGACAAGAGAUGGGCGGGGGUGCUGAGUCGUGUGGCUCUCGAGCAAGAGAGGAUGCUUCCUGUGAUGUUGGACAAACUGAGGACCAAUAAUGACCUGGAGCUGAGAUCCCUCACCGGCUUCCUCAGAAACCUGUCACGCCAUGCCAAGGACAAGAACGCCAUGGCAACCAAGACAGUGAACAACCUGGUGGACAAGCUGCCUGCUGACGGUCAACAGAAGGAGCCGUCCAGCGACGUGGUGGUCAACAUCUGUGGAGCGUUGAACCACCUGGUGACCUGCAGCUCCGUCGCAGCCCGGGACAUCACUUUCUUUGACGGGCUGCAAAAACUGGUGGCCAUCAAGAACUCCAACGACAGCAGUCCUGGGAAGCUGAAAGCAGCCAAAGCAGCGGCCACAGUCCUCUGCAACAUGUUCCAAUACAAGAAGCUGCACAAGGACUACAAACAGAAAGGGUUCACACGACCAGACUUUGCAGACAUGACAAUCUAAAAAAAAAAAGAAGAGGAACAGAUACAAUGUCUCUCUCUCUCUCUCUCUCUCUCCUUCUGCCAAGCGUCUGGAAACGUGUCUGAUCACUUCAGUGGUCAAAGACUGGUCUGUACAACUGAAAACAUUGCUCCUUGGGCUACUUCCUACUUACGCACACAUGGAGUUGGAUGAACUGUACUACAGUGCAUAGUGACGACAAAGAUGGAACCUGUUUAGGGACGACCUUAAUGGUGGACUAUGAUGAUAACGUACCCCCUUUUCCUUGUGAGCUUGAAUACCGUAUCUAUUCAAUGCUAUAUGUUGAGUUUAUAUGUAUUCAAUGCUAUAUGUUGAGUUUAAUAUGUAGUCAAUGCUAUAUGUUGAGUUUAAUAUGUAGUCAAUGCUAUAUGUUGAGUUUAAUAUGUAUUCAAUGCUGUAGCUUUGAGUGCUGUAUGUUCUAUAUGAUGGAAUCAGGGACUUUUUUUUUCUCAAUGUAACCAAUCAGUCUGCUGUAACCAAUAAUGCUAUGACUCAUUUCUCCUGCCUUAGCAAGCGUGGUUUGACACAAUCCCAACGACUUUAGGCCCCCCAUUUUGUUAACCCUGGUCCCAGAUCAGUUUGUGCUGUUAUAGCCUACACUUAUGGCCAUUGUCACAACACAACACUGCUAGUAAAGGGAUGGUUUGCUAUCACUGGUGCUUUUUACUUUUGCUGAAGGGUUGAAUUAUUGAUGUUGUUCAUUGUGUUUUCUAUUAGUUUGGUGUUGUUUAUUUCUCAGACAAAACCAGAGUAUCACUGAGCUAUAAUGAGAUAUAAACCAGAGUAUCGCUGAGAGUUAUAAACCAGAGUAUCACUGAGCUAUAAUGAGAUAUAAACCAGAGUAUCACUGAGAGUUAUAAACCAGAGUAUCACUGAGCUAUAAUGAGAUAUAAACCAGAGUAUCGCUGAGAGUUAUAAACCAGAGUAUCGCUGAGAGUUAUAAACCAGAGUAUCACUGAGAGUUAUAAUGAGUUAUAAACCAGAGUAUCUCUGAGAGUUAUGAGUUAUAAACCAGAGUAUCGCUGAGAGUUAUAAACCAGAGUAUCACUGAGAGUUAUAAUGAGUUAUAAACCAGAGUAUCUCUGAGAGUUAUGAGUUAUAAACCAGAGUAUCGCUGAGAGUUAUAAACCAGAGUAUCACUGAGAGUUAUAAUGAGUUAUAAACCAGAGUAUCACUGAGAGUUAUAAUGAGUUAUAAACCCAGAGUAUCACUGAGAGUUAUAAUGAGUUAUAAACCACAGUAUCACUGAGUUAUAAUGAGUUAUAAAUUAGAACUGAAUGUAUGUUUUUAUGGAUGUGUGGAAAAACUGAACUACUGACACCUGCAUGAAUGACCUACAAUAAUGACUCAGAAAGGGAAUCAUGCGAUUGCUUUUAAAAGCUUUACACAGUGGCUUAAACUUUUUUUUGUUUUACAUCAAAGAGAAGACAAACAACUGCUUUGUGUCCGUCAUUAGACUGAGACCAUUCUUAUUUACAUUUACGGUGUGAAAAAAAUAAUCAACAACUAUUUUUACAAUGUACUUUUUGAGUGUUAACUGCAGGUCGAAUAAAUCUGUGUCAUUUGUAACUAAUAAAGCUGACGUCACUGAA